GCGUAUAUUUUCUUCCGGAAAUACCUAGAUUUUACCGUGACACGCCAGAUGCAGAAUUCAAGCACCGGCACCGGAAGUAGAGAUUAACGUGUUCGUAAAAUUGAUUCCAAUCUUGUUUACAGCGAAACUAACCGCAGGAAAGAACAUCAAUAGCCACAAUGGUGCUCACACUAAGGAGAGUGUUGAUAACUGAUGAGAUAGCACAGCAAUGCAUUGAUAUUUUAAAAAGAAAUGGCAUUGAAGUUGUGAAAAACACAGCCCUCGCAAAAAAUAAAGGGCAACUUUUGAAUGAAAUCAAGGAAUUUGAUGGACUUGUUGUAAGAUCAGGUACCAAGGUGUCAGCUGACAUCAUCAAUGCAGGCUCGAGGCUUCAGAUUAUUGGACGUGCCGGGACUGGUGUUGACAACAUUGACUGUGAGGCUGCUACAAGGAAAGGCGUCAUUGUUAUGAAUACACCAGGGGGAAACACAAUGAGUGCUGCAGAACAUACCUGUGCAAUGAUGUGUGCGAUGACAAGGCAUAUUCCCCAGGGUACAGAGUCUAUGAGAGCUGGGCGCUGGGACCGCAAGAAGUACAUGGGCUCAGAGUUGUAUGGCAAGACACUGGCCAUAAUUGGUCUCGGACGUAUCGGUCGAGAGGUCGCAAGUCGAAUGCAGUCAUUUGGCAUGACUACUAUAGGUUACGAUCCUCUGGUCUCUGCUGAGGAGAGUGCUGAGUUCAAGAUAGAAUGGAUGGAGUUGGAGAAGAUCUGGCCUCUCGCAGAUUACGUCACGGUGCAUGUGCCUCUCAUUCCUCCUACCAAGAAUCUCAUCAGUGAGAAAGUGUUCAACAUUGCUAAAAAGGGUGUUCGUAUCAUUAAUGUUGCUCGAGGUGGUAUUGUUGAUGAAAGUGCCUUACUUGAAGCCCUUAAUAAUGGCCAGUGUGGUGGAGCAGCGCUCGAUGUAUUCCUUGAGGAACCUCCUACCAAUAAAGAUCUGAUUGCUCAUCCCCUGUGUAUAAGCACGCCUCAUCUGGGGGCCAGUACUGUUGAAGCUCAAACAAGAGUAGCUGAAGAGAUAGCUCAACAGUUUGUUGAUGCAGCUGAAGGCAAAGAACUUAUUGGAGCUGUGAAUGCUGCUGCCCUGAGUAAUGCAUUGAGUGAGGCCAGUAAGCCAUGGGUGGCCCUGGGACAAGCCAUGGGAGCCCUGGCAUCCACACUGGUGCCAACAGUCAACGGAGACACCCAGCUUCAAAUCAUCACCCAGGGGUCAUCGAUGAAGGGGGCAGGGGCGUAUCUCAAAUCAGCCGUUCUGAUGGGACUUUUGAAGGUUCAAGUGAACAAUGGAAUCAACCUAGUGAAUGCACCAAUGUUUGCCAAAGACAAUGGAGUACAGGCUAAGACAGAACACAAGGAAGGUUCAGCCAGCCAGUUGGUUGUCAUCAUACAGCAGAACGGCUUGGCACCUCAUCAACUUACUGGGCAUGCCGCAGGAAGUAGCGCCAUUUUGACAGAAAUGAGUGGCUGUGUGUUCCCUAAUGGCUGCACCUUGGGGGGAAACGUCUUGGUCUACACUGGCCCAUAUUCUACACAGACAUUCCCCACAGUCGCAGCUGCUAUUAGCCAAGGAGGCUCUUCUAUUACAUCAUACAGUGGGUCCAGUGAGCAGAAAGGAGUCUGCUACAGUCUCGUGGGCUUAGAAUCACCCCUACAGAAUCUAGAUGCCAUUAAGCAGAAUGUAAAUUCUGUACACCAAGUCAGUUUGUAAUAGAAAACAACAAUAUAGAAUGCCCUUGAAGAAUCUUAAUAAGGUGAUGCCAUAAAACAGAAUUUUAAGUCAGUCUGCAAACAGCUUUAUACAAAUACGUACUACCAUAGACUUGAAGACAUGCCAUGACAAUAGAAAGUUUACAAGUUCCCAACAUAUCAUGAAUACACUUAUAUCAGGACUUACAGUACUUGUAGUACAUUAUUAAUUACAGUAUUGCAGUAUUUGUAGUAUAGUAUAACAGUACUUUUAACACAUGUACAUUAUUACAGUACUUUAAUUACAGUAUUGCU